AUGUCAGAAAAUUCACCUUUAAAAUCAAAUAACUCAGAUCAACACAUUUCUACUGAUGAAAAUGCUAAUUUUCCUAUUCGUGAGCAAGCAGAAAUAUUUUGUUCUCUUAUCUAAGAGGGUUAAUUUUUUUUUAAAAAUAAAUAUAUAGAAUAGUAAAAGUUUUUUCGAGGUUAAAAAGAUUCCAAUUCGCAAAAAUCGGAAAGCAAAAUUAAUUUUAUUUGUAAAAUUUAUAUUUUAAGUGCAAGCUGUUUAAAAAUUCAACAGAAUUAGCUAGAGAUUUCAUUAUAUUAAUUAUCACUUAUAUAUAGGAAAUUACCUUCAAUAGACCGUUUUUUUAGCAGAAAAAUUGGCAAUCUGCCAAAACUAAAUGCUGAUUUUUUAAUCAAGCCAGUAUGACCAAAUCGGGCUUAUCAGGGGUAAUUAGUUAUUAAAAUAAAUUUUUAGAAAAUUUUUUUGUUCGCUCACGGAGGGUGGGUUUUUACCCAAAAAAUUGUGAAUUUUUUAAUUAUUUUGUUCGCUCAUGAAGGGGGUGGGAGUAAAAACCAGGACAAGCAAGACUACAAGCUAUCUGAUGGUCAGCUAAAAGAAAUGGAGACAGGACCUGAAGGAAUUUCUGACGGGCAAGCAAAAGAGCGCUUUAAUAGAGACGGCCCUAAUGAAAUCAAUGAAAAGAAGAAAAAUUCCAUUAUAAAAUUUUUGAGUCAUUUUUGAGGCCCAAUACCAAUUGUGCUAUGAGUUGCUAUCGCCCUUGAAAUUUCGCGACUUUCAUAUUUAGAUUUUGUUAUUUUAAUGAUUUUGCAAAUUUUUAAUGGAAUUGUAGUUUGGUAUGAAGAAAGAAGCGCAGGGAAUGCUAUAGAAGCCUUAAAAAAAGGGUUAGCAUCAAAAGCCAAGGUAAAAAGAGACAAUAAAUGGGCGACUGUAGAAGCUAGAGAAUUAGUGAUUGGUGAUCGAGUUAAUAUAAAAUUAGGUGAUGUAAUACCAGCAGACUGCCGACUAGGGCCAGGAAGUCUAGAAAUUGACCAAUCUGCCCUGACUGGUGAAUCAUUGGCUGUAACAAAAUCACAAAAUGACAUAGUUUAUCAGAGCUCUAUCUGCAAAAGAGGUGACAUAGAAGCAAUUGUGGCGAACACUGGGCCUAGAACUUAUUAUGGCAAGAUUUCAGCCUUAGUUGGAGGAGUAGAAUCAAAAGGCAAUAUCGACAAAAUCAUUCUAAAAUUCACCUUAAUUCUAGUAAUUCUAGGAUUUAUCAUAACUGCAGUCAUUUUUAUAGUGGUAAUGGCGAAAGGCGGUGAUGUCUUAGAAUCUCUAUCCUUAUGUUUAGUCAUACUUAUCUCUGUAAUCCCAAUUGCCGCACAGGUGGUAUCUACCGUAGUCUUAACAAUUGGUGCUCAUGAACUAAUCAAGCAUAAAGCAAUCGCUAGAAAACUUAGUGCAAUUGAAGAAAUGGCUGGCAUACAAAUCCUAUUAUCUGAUAAAACUGGGACAUUAACAAAAAAUAAACUAAAAGCAAACCCUCCAUUUUUAUUAGCAAACUUUACAGAAAAUGAUAUAUUUUUAUAUGCAGCAUUAGCUUCAAAAAGACAAGGGCAGGAUCAAGAUGCGAUUGAUAAAUGCAUAAUAGAAAGUGCAAAAGAAAAUUAUGAUAUUAACCUUGAUAAGUAUAAAGAAACUAAUUUUGUGCCUUUUGAUCCUGAAAAUAAAAGGACGGAAUCGUCGAUUAAAGAUAAGGAAACUGGAGAAAAGUUUAAAUGCACAAAAGGUGCUCCACAAGUGAUUAUUGAACUGUCACAGAAGGAUAAGAUAAAGGAUGAAAUAACAAGUCAGGUGGAUGAAAUGGCGGCUAGAGGGUUUAGGACUAUAGGAGUGGCACUAGCUAAAGAAAAUGAUGAUAAUUGAAAGAUAGUAGGACUAAUACCGUUAUAUGACCCUCCAAGAGAAGAUAUACUUCUUCAGUCAAGCAUAUAUCUAGUUCAAGCAUAAGCUCAUAAUAAUUUCUGAUAUAUAUUAAUUUGUCUCUAAAAAAUAUCUAUCAAAAAAACAAUGCAAAUAUUAUACCAAAGAAACUAUCAAAAAAGCCUUAGAAAUGAAUCUCAAAGUGAAAAUGAUCACCGGCGACUCAAUCGCAAUAGCAAAAGAAGUCGCCAGAGAACUAGACCUUGGAGAUAACAUCUACAAAAUUAACGUUUUCAAAGAAGCCUGAGAGUCAGGAGACAAAGAAAAAGCCUAUAACCUUGUUGAAAAUGCUGAUGGUUUCGCAGAAGUUUUCCCUGAGCAUAAAUACCAAAUAUGUGAGGUAUUUCAAAAUAAAGGCUACACAGUAGCAAUGACAGGAGAUGGGGUUAAUGAUGCUCCCGCUUUAAAAAAGGCAAAUGUUGGCGUUGCUGUUGAAGGCUCCACAGAUGCAGCUCGAGCUUCUGCAUCAAUUGUUUUAACAAAGCCUGGACUUUCUGUCAUAAUUCGUGCCAUAUAUACAGCAAGAAUGAUUUUCCAGAGGAUGAAUAAUUAUUUCAUGUACAGGAUUUCUCUUUCUAUACAGCUGCUAGGCUUUUUCUUUAUCACAAUUAUUAUUAUAAACCCCAGAAAUUAUUUUACUUGCUAUUCCAAUGGCAAAAGCUGCUCAGAGCUACCAGUAUCUUUUGUAUUGACGAUGAUUGCUGUCGUAGUUAUAACAAUCCUGAAUGAUUUCACAAUGGCUACAGUAGGCUAUGACUGAGUUAGAGUCUCAAAAAAGCCAGAGCAUUUCAAUUUAAAGGUAAUGUUUAUAAUUGCCUCUGUUCUUGCCAUAGCUCCUCUAUCUGGAUGAAUUGCAUUACUUGUAUUAUGUUUAGCCCAUAUGGACUCUCGCAGUCCAAAUUCUUUUUUUCAAGGUUUUAAUAUUGCGACAUUUUCUUAUGAAGAAAUUUUGACAGUUAUUUUUUUAAGUAUCGCAAUCUCCAAUUUUGGGACUUUACUAUCAGCAAGGACAAGCCAUUGAUUUUGGUCAAGGCAUCUUGGAUGGCCACUUGGUUUAUCUAUGAUAUGUGGAUUUAGGGUGCAGGUCUAAUGAGUGUGCAUUUCACUGAAGUACAUUUGUUAGAAAACGGUUUUUGACUGACUCCCCCCCCCCUUUAAAUUGAAACAAAAAAUUUUGUUUCAAUUUAAAGGGGGGUUAAGAAAAUUUUUUUAUAAAAAAAUUUAUAUAUAAAAAUUUUUUCAGAGAUAAAAUUUUAUAAUUUCAUGAAAAAUUAAUUCAUAAAUUUCUCAAUCUCAAAAUGUAAACUUGCUUGGUAUUCUUCUAACUCUCCCCAUAACAAUUGGACAAAAUAGAGUUUAAUUUCUAAAUCUUAUAUCUUUGAAGCAUAUUAAAUAGGGUAUUAACGUAUUUACAUAUAAAAUAAUGAUUUUUACCUAUAAAAUUUUCUAUUAUAAUAAAAUUUUGUUUCAAUUUAAAGGGGGGGGGGGUAAUUUCCGAAAAAGUAGGAAUUUUACCUAUAUUUUGUUUCAAUUUAAAGGGGGGGGAGUGAGAAAAAAAAGUUAAAUUCGACAAAAUGUCACACUAUUUAAAAAUUUUCGACCAAAUGCACCGAUGAAAUGCAUACUAUCAAAAAUACAUUUUCAUUUGACAUGGAGCUGUGGAUCUAUUAUAGCCAUUUUUUUUGCAGCGUAUUGGCCAUUUAAUUUUGCUAAUAAAUCUUCAGAAAUUAGUAAAGAUAUGGCAGCGAUUUCGUGGAAGAAAACAUGGUUUGUGGUAGGGUUUUGCAUAGUGUUUUUUGUACUCCAAGAUGUGAGCAAAGUUUUGGCAAUAAAAAUAAUAGAAAAAGUUUAUCAGAAAAAGGGAAAAAUCUCAGGAAUUUCAGGGGAAAAAUUGAAUGCAGAUUUUUUGAAGUUUUCUACUGGUGGGAAAGAGGAUAAAGAUGAGAUUGAUCAGGCUAAAGAAGAGAAAGAAGAAAGGGAAGAGGAUAAAAAUAAAGAUAAGGAAAAAGAGGAUUAUCAUAAGGAUACAAAUAGAGAGCAAGAUUGAUUGAUGGGAAAAGAUGAAAAUCACAAAAGUAUAGAUAAAGAUGAAGAAAUAUAA